AAUCUGAAAUACAUGCACGUAGAUACCUGCUGAGCUCCAUCGAUUCCCCGCACGAGCGUCUCAUACGCCUUGCUGGAAAGCGGAGUUGUCGUACGAGAUAACGCUCAUUGUUUGGUCAAGACACUGACACUAACACUGACGCUGUUUGAUUCGCAUCUCUUUUGCUCUCACCUUUCCUUCUAAAUCACUUCUUGUCUUUCUACACACGACUUUGCUUCUUUUAUCAACAACGCAUACCCCGCCAUCACUGGGAACAACAUCGCCAAGAUGGCCCGCUACACCAGGAAACAGAUCGUCACGUUCAUCAGCAUCGUAUACCUCGUCUUUGCGACUGCCAUGGCUGGUUACGCAGCGUGCCGUGCCAACCGCCUCUCCUUACCCAUAUCUGACACGCUCACCGGCUUUGCAACCGCUCUUCCUGUCAUAUCUGGUAUCCUCCUCGAGUGUGGUUACGAUCUGACGCGCCGCAAAGAGCGUCGCGCUCACAUGGAGCGGGGCGAAAUCCAGCGCCCACCUUUCGUGAUCGUAGCCAACUUCAUCAUCUUCAUCUACUCGACCGUCGUCAUCACACUUCUGGGAACGCAUGCGGCCCCGCCUUCAGAGCUGGAAUGUGGGCUGCGACGGCAGUGGCAGUCGCUGUUCAGGAGCAAAGAUUCGAGCGCCAUCAGGACGAUUCAAGACCAGUACAAUUGCUGCGGGUUCGCCAACUCGAGAGACAUGGCUUGGCCGUUUCCAGACAGAAGCCACGAACCAGAUGCUUGUCAAGAGUCGUUCGGAAGAACGAACGGUUGUCUAGGUCCGUGGAAGGCUGAGGAACAACAUGUCGCAGGCUUGUUGAUGGGCGUUGUGGGUUUGGUGGUCGUUUGGGCGUUCGCAAUCAUCGCCAUCCCGACUCAGCGCGAGUCCUGGCUCCACAAGAUCGCCCCAGAACAGAUCUCAGACUUCAUUGCCCGUGAAGAGCACGGCAGUACUGGCGACCGACGCCGCAUCAACUACCUCCCAGACACAAACCACUACACCGACCGUAUUCAGGAAGAAGAUGGCGAGACGACACCGCUGAGCCCGGAAACUCGACGUGCCCUAGAGAGCGGUCGUGCUCAGAUUGGCACUGGUCUGCCAGGAAACGUUGCCAUGGACGCACCGGCAACAGAUGAGUGGGCACGGGAAUAGCCUGAUCGGUUCGAUCCACACGCCUCUUUAGGAGACACUCUACGAACGUUGGUAUUGGGGUUCAACAAAAUGAGCAUGAUUAGGAUGGCGUUUUGGGGCGCUUCACUUUGUCAGACUGUUACACAGGAAUGGAUACUACGGUCGAUGC